AUGAAAAUGAGGAGGCGGAUUCUGAUAUCGCUCCCGAGCGUAGAGGUGCGGCAGCCGCAGCUGCGGGGAGGGCGGUGCAACCAGUGCGUGGUUGUAUCUAUAAGGCGGCUAUUGUACUCCACCCGUCGCCGGCAGGUACACCUGACAACACUGGGAUCACCCUUUUGGCGUUCUCGGAAUCCAAUAAAAAAAAAAGGUCCAUGCGGCGGCAAACUGAUUGAUUGGCUGAUUGAUUGCGGACUGAUUGAUUGACCAUGACCAAGAUGUUUUGAAUCCUGAAGAUGGGAAUAAUGA